CUGUCCAGAGGAGAAGCCCCCAGAGAACCAUCAGGAUGAAAAUCUGAUGGAUAUUAAGAUUGAGGUUAAAGAUGAAGAAGAAGAGGAGACGGAUUUAUGGGGCGAUCAGCAGGAUGGACUUAUAGAAAGAAGUCCCCCUGAGAGAUGUCCCCGUCCUCUGUAUUCCCAGGACUGUCCAGAGGAGAAGCUCCCAGAGAACCAUCAGAUGACAAAUCAGGGGGAAGAUCUGACUGAUAUUAAAGUGGAGGAUGAAGAAGAGCGGAUGAUGGGCGAUCCCCCGUGUAAGAGUGAGGUGGAGGAGGACAUUCCAGUCCAUGUGACCACAGGAAAUCCCAGAAAGAAGUCUGAGGGAAACGUCAUGUUAUCACGAUAUUAUAAAGAAGAAAAUAAAGAUAUCAUGCAGCGCUCUUCAGGAGGAAACCUCAUUACCUGUAAUGCACAUCCAGGACCUCACAGUGCAGAUCUAUCAAAUAAUCUGCCUAAUCAUGAAGAACCUCCUCUUGACCGAUCACAGAUUGUUACCACAACUACUGGGCAGAAAAGGGGUAAAAGGUUUCAGUGUGAGGAAUGUGGUAAAGAGUUUACAAAAAACUUAGGCCUUGUUAUACAUAGGAGAAUUCACACAGGAGAGAAGCCAUACUCAUGUUCAGAAUGUGGGAAAUCCUUUACAAACAAAUCACAUCUUGUGAGACAUCAGAGAAGUCACACAGGAGAGAAGCCGUAUUCGUGUUCAGUAUGUGGGAAAUAUUUUAUCCAGAAAUCAUGUCUUGUACAACAUGAGAGAGUUCACACAGGAGAGAAGCCGUAUUCCUGUUCAGAAUGUGGAAAAUGUUUUACUCAAAAAUCAAGCCUUGAUCAGCAUAAAAGAAAUCACACAGGGGAGAAGCCAUAUUCCUGUUCAGAAUGUGGGAAAAGCUUUACCCAAAAAUCAGUCCUUGAUCAACAUAAGCGAAGUCACACAGGAGAGAGGCCGUAUUCAUGUUCACAAUGUGGGAAAUGCUUCAUAGAGAAAUCACAUCUCGUUACACAUCAGAGAAUUCACACAGGAGAGAAGCCGUAUUCAUGUUCAGAAUGUGGGAAAUGUUUUACAAAUAAAUCACAUCUUGCUAUGCACAAGAGCAGUCACACAGAGGAGAAGCCAUAUUCAUGUUCAGAAUGUGGGAAAUGUUUUAAAGAUAAAUCACAUCUUGCUGUGCACCAGAGAAGACACACAAAGGAGAAACCUUAUUCAUGUUCAGAAUGUGGGAAAUGUUUUAAACAUAAAUCAUAUCUUGGAAAACAUGAGAGAAUUCACACAGGAGUGAAGCCGUAUUCAUGUUCAGUAUGUGGGAAAUGCUUCACCGAUCAAUCAAAUCUUAUUGUACAUCAGAGAAUUCACACAGGAGAGAGGCCGUAUUCAUGUUCACAAUGUGAAAAGUGUUUUACAAAUAGAUCAGAACUAGUUACACAUGAGAGAAUUCACACUGGAGAGAGGCCAUAUUCUUGUGCAGAAUGUAGAAAAUGUUUUAGAAGUAAAUCAGAUCUAAUUAAACAUGAAAGGAGCCGUAUUCAUGUUCAGAAUUUAGGAAAUGCUUUAGAAGUAAAUCAAAUAUAAUUAAACAUGAGAGAAACCAAAUUCAUGUUCAGAGUGUAGGAAAUGUGGACAUAAAUCAUAUUUUGUUAAGCACUGGAGAAUUUUCACAAGAGAAAAGUGGUAUUCAUAUUCAGAAUGUGGGAAGUGGAGACCGUGCUCCUGUUGGGAAUGUGAGAAAUGCUAUGCCUCUAGUCACAGACAUUAAAUAGCCAAUAAGGUGUUAUUUUUUUCGGUGGAAUCAGACUAGAUCUGAAAAACACAGGAGAUAAACAGUGACCAAGAUCCAAGGAGGAAAAGUAUUGUGGAAAUGAGGAAUAAAAGUAGAACCUUGUGCAGUGAUAAUGGAUUGUCCCCAUGAACCUUCCUCGUAUGGCGGAUUUAUGUGGGACUAUUAUCAGGCUGAUUAUCAGAAACGAAUGUUCCUUCAUUGCUGAUCGCCGAAUGAACGAGCAAACACUUGUUUAUCCGGAGAAUUAAUCCUUCAUACAGCACCAUGAAUCAUCGUUCAUGAGCAGCAGAUCCCGCUGGGUAAAUGGUGACCUGCUGCCCAGAAACAAUCAGUAUGGAGUCAUUGCUGGUCCUCAUCCAGUGGAGUAAAUGCAGCUCUCACCUCCAGUUAAUUACCUGCCCAGUCGGCACAUUCCGCAGGAGAAUCCAAACUGAUUAUAGUGGGACAGGAGAGAACAUCCCAGGGAAACUUUUAUGUAACAAAUGCUGGAAGAAAUUUUCCAAAGUUCGUAACGAAUCGGUUUUCUCAUCUCUAAUACACAGUGAUUGCCAUAGGGAGAGAAGCCAGAUACGGAUGGAUAUGAGCUCAGCUUCUCUGUGUAAUAGCUCGCAAUAGCUCAUUUAUUUUAUGAAAAUAUUAUACAAAAAGUAACCAGACCUCAUUAUACCCUUUUUGUGGCAGAACUAUAGCCAAUCACAAUGACAUGGUUAAUUUAACAUGCAGAUAUUUCAGCUACAUAUGAAUAUAUAUAUAUAGUGAUAUGAAUAGACUGAAGAGCAGGCCUUUGUGUGCUUUAUCUUUUACUCAUGCCCCCUCCAUUGGAUACCAAAAUAAACUAGUGUUUUCUGAGCCGAUCUGUCCCUUUCCUCUGACAAAAUGUACUAAAGUGACCUAACUUUUUUACAGGCACAGUCACUUUAAAAAAACUCCUUCUGGUAAAUUGGAAACACCCUGUAGUUCAGCAUAAUAUCACUCCACCGUCACC